CUACCUUCUUUGGUCCAUGCUCGUUUGACGAAUUUCGGCCCACCUGUCCGACUCACCAGCAGACACGGACACGGGGAGAGCGAGGGAGGGAGAUCUCUCCCUCUCUUGGAAUUUGGUGGCGGGGGAGGGAAUUGCUGGGUGUCGAUGGGGAAAAAAGAGGAGUCCGGCGAGGGGCCUCGCGGGCCGACUUUUACUGAUGGUAAAAACAAGGGAAAAUCUUGCAAGGGUUGUCUCUAUUACUCAUCCCUCUUGAAAUCCGACCACCGCAACCCACUUUGUCUUGGCGUGAGCAGAGGCCUGCCUCAUGUUCCUAGCUAUGUGAUUGAUGAAUAUGAGAUGGAAGCUUCAAAUGAGAGCAGCAGCUUAUCAGACUUCAAGUAUGCGUGUGUUGGUUAUUCUGUUUACUUGGAUAAAAAGGACAAUCCAGAUGGACAACCUGGGGAUUACACAGAACUGCCUUAUUGUGUUGGCAUUGAGCUUUUGGCGGACACACAUGAUUCAAAUACUGCAGGUCAUCCUUCCCAUAUUCCCACCCACAAGGAAGAUGCUCCAGUUUUUUCUCAACCUCGAACACACAUGCCGCAGCAUUCCAUUGGUGAGGAAUUCUUAAACAGGUUCACAAGAAAUGCCGGUCUGGUUGCGUUUGGUGUAGCCAGAAACUUGUAUAGGGUGGGUAACUACAUCAAGGAUAAUGUCGACGACAUUCUUUAUCCUUACCGUCGGCGACCUAAGUAGCUGGUGUGUUUUCUCAGAGAGACUGUGUACAGAAAAUCAUUACUCAAGUCUCUUGUGGUUGGCAUCUCGACUGAGCUGCAGUAUCAUCACUUCGGUCAAAAUGCCUUUACCCACUUUUUCAGUAGUACUGUAGCUCUGCAUUUCAUCUUUUCUAUUGUCUGAAAUGCGAACAAUUAAUAUUACCAUUUGAAAGAAAUUCCCAGCGUUGAAUUCUGUUCUUC